AUGUUUUAUUGGGUCGGCUGUCAGAUGCCUGGUGUUCAAAAGAACAAAUUCAAGGACAAGGGCUUAAUCUCAGUAUAUCGUAGCAACAAAGGUCACUCGACUACUUACAAUACCCCGUCAGUUGCAUGCAAACUGCAUGCAAUUCAUCACUACUCCAUACUAGCAUUACUAUGUAGCUCUGAAUGUACUCGCCUUUCAGCGAAUACGAGCAAAGACACAAUAUGCUUUUCAGCUCAAAAGCAUAUUUAUACUCAUAUAGUCCAUUGCCCAAUCAAUGGGGGCUUCGCAGCAUUUACUGUAAAGCCUAAUCCCAUACUAUGGUUAAAGAACAAUAAGAGCAGUGGUUUCUCAUUGGCGCCGGAGCUCCCACUUAUCUGUACCUCUUAUGUCUUUUUACCAAGUCAAGCUCAACAAGGCCAGGAAGAAAAUCGUGACCACAGUUCCCCCUUCAGGUACGGUGUGCCCGUGUCCAUACGGUCAAACGGUUCGACACCAAGUCCCUCUACUAAAGAGAGGUCCCAGGUAGUGGGGUAUCCCCUAAAGACUCCCUUGAUCCACCGGGACCAGACUGAAGCCCCAUACCGCAAACCCUACGAACGCGCCCUAGAUACAACGUUUAGAGUAUGCGGUGGUUAUGGUAAUAACCACGACCGGACUCGAAAGCCCUGGAAGAGCUAUACCCAUAACCUUGUCUCUCCACCCAAGAGACAGUAUAAUACAUUCGGGGGCGGUGGCAACAGCCUCGUCCUCGUGUGGAUCCGGUUCAGCAUAGAAUCUGGCCUAAAGACGUUCAGCCAUCAUCCUGCGGAUCGAAGCUUCACGGAAUCCACCUCAAGCUCAAUAAGGUCCUAUUUCCUUGCCGAUUCUACCAAGCCCGAAGGCCAGGAAGAGAAUCCAGAUUUGAGUCGUCGCCGACACGGACAGAAUGUCCGUGCCCAUACGCUCAAACGGUCCGACACCAAGCCCCUCUGUCUAGUAGAUGUUCCAGGUAGUGGGGUAUCCCCUAAACUCUCCCUUGUACCCGUCGGAAGGAGUCUAAAGCCACUGCUCAUGCCACUAGGCGCCAGCUUCGGAUGCAUUAUACUAGGACUUGUAGUCCUUUAUGGCUCCUACUUCCUGGUAAUAGCUACAACCGGACUCGAAAGCCCUGGAAAAGCUAUACCCGUAACCUUGUCUCUCCACCCAAGAGACAGUAUAUUACAUCCGGUGGCGGUGGCAACAGCCUCACUCCUGGUCGGUUCACCUUUAGCAAAAGUUCUUGCUAAGAGACUUUCAGCCAUUACAAUAAGAGUAGUGGUUUCUCAUUGGCGCCGAAGCUCCCACUUAUCUGUACCUCUUAUGUCUUUCUAUCAAGUCAAGCUCAACAAGGCCGGGAAGAGAAUCGCGACCACAGUUCCCCCUUCAGGUACGGCGGUGAACCGUACCAUCCGGCUUCCUCCCUCUACCACUCCUACGGGUAGCAGAUAUGAGCCGUCGCCAACACGAACAGCACGUUCGCAUCCAUACGCUCACACGGUUCGACACCAAGUCCUCCUUCAACUCCUUCAGCUCCCUACUGCCACCUUCUACUCCUGUUCACUCCGACGUCCUAUCUCCUCGUCAUCCUUUCUACUUGCCCACGCCUUCCCCCAAAACUCUCUUCCUCUACUCGCACAGCACCACAUCCCCCUCACCACAUCCACUUCACCACAUCCACUUCACCACAUCCCCCUCACCACAUCCCCCUCACCACAUCCCCCUCACCACAUCCACUUCACCACAUCCACUUCACCACAUCCACUUCACCACAUCCACUUCACCACAUCCACUUCACCACAUCCCCCUCACCACAUCCACUUCACCACAUCCACUUCACCACAUCCACUUCACCACAUCCCUCUCACCGCAUCCCUCUCACCACAGGCUCCUACGCUUACAUCUGCCUCUUUUCCUAAUAACAUUCCUCCCUUCCGUCAUUCCCACCCACAACCGCCCUCUCCUCUUCGUCGUUUCCACUCUCGGUUGCUGCCAUCUGGGCGUCUCGUCGUCUGGUCUUCCGGUCUUCCGGUCUUCCAGUCUUCCGUUCAUCCGGCCACAACGCUACUCCUACUUGUCAUGGAUUAG